CGAUUGGCUUCCCGCGCCGAUCCGAGCCUCCAGCUCUGGUCAACAUCAUCAGUGCAAUAACCAGUUUUCAUCUCGAGGAAAGGAGGAGAUAUUAUGGCUCAGUAUACCGCAUCUCUAUCAAUCCUCCAUGGACCAUCAGAGCCUGCUCUAAAACCAUACACAAUUGCACGGGUCCUCCAUGACCAAGCGAAUGCCUUUCCCACCCGGGAAGCGGUGAUCUUCCCCGCUUCGGGAACUCGUUACACAUAUGAUGAGCUGAACACCAGAACCAAGACAGUCGCUCGGGCAUUAAUUGCGAAUGGCAUCCAAGCCGGUGAUCGGGUGGGAAUCUUCGCCGGUAACUGUGAGCAAUAUGCAGAGGUUUUUCUUGCCGCGACCAGAAUCGGUGCUAUUACUGUCUUGCUCAAUAUUGCGUACUCUGCGAAAGAGUGUCUGAAUGUUCUCAAAACUACGGGAUGCUCGCUCUUCUUUACCUCGACGCAUAUUGGAGAACGGUGCUUGACGCCGUGUUUGCUGAGUGUCAGCACCUCUAUGGAUGAUGGAGUGCUGCCAGAUCUUCAACAGGCCAUUCUCCUCCACAGUGGUGGUCCGUGUAUGCACAAUUUUAGCAGCUAUGAAAGCUUUAUCGCCCUUGCCAGUCGAAUACCGGAAGCAUCCUUAUGUGAAAGAGAGAAGAAGGUGCAGAGUGAAGACACAUGCACUUUCCAAUUCACAAGCGGCACAACUGGAGCACCCAAGAUUGCCAUGUUGACGCAUAACAACGUCAUCAAUAAUGGCCACCUAAUCGGACACCGUCUACUCCUCACAGAGCAAGAUGUGAUCUGUUGCCCGUACCCCCUCUUCCACAUCUCAGGCCUCGUGAUGGGGCUUCUCUCUUGCCUGACUCACGGGGCUACAGUUGUGUAUCCUUCUCCGACAUUCAAUCCAACGGCUGUUCUUCGCACAGUGGUGGAAGAGAAAUGUACCGGUCUCCAUGGAGUACCCACCAUAUUCAUUGCUCUUCUAGAAGAAUAUCGAAAGAUCGACAUUGGCCAAAUCCAUGUCAGGACUGGUCUUAUCGGGGGUGCUCCAAUACCUGCGGUGUUGGUAAAGGAGAUGCAACGCGAAUUCGGUUUUGAAGAUUUGACAGUGGCAUAUGGAAUGACAGAAACAUCGCCAAUAGCUUACAUGUCACGAGCAUCCGACCAGCCCGAGGAGGGUGCAGUCAUCCACACAGCACUCCUCCCACAUACCUCUGCUAGGGUUGUCGAUUCGUCUGGAAAUAUUGUUCCCCGAGGCACACGCGGUGAGAUGACCAUUGCGGGUAAUUCUGUGCAGAAGGGAUACUAUAACAACCCCGAGAAGACGAGCGAGGCGCUAAAAGAAGACGCUUCUGGUAUUGUCUGGAUGUAUACCGGAGAUGAGGCGGUCAUGGACUCAGAUGGGAAUUGCAUGAUUACCGGCCGAAUAAAAGACAUUAUUAUAAGAGGAGCCGAAAACAUCUACCCCGCAGAAAUUGAAGAACGCCUCAACGAGCACCCGGCUAUAUCCCAGUCUUGUAUAGUUGGAGUCAAGAGUGAGAGACUAGGGGAAGAGGCUGCAGCUUUCCUCCAGCUCGCGCCAGAAAAGUCUCGUCCUUCUGAUCAGGAAGUCAUCAAAUGGGUGCAAAUGAAUCUGGCACCUCACAAGGCACCCCGCUGGAUCUUCUGGCUGGGCCAUGACGAUGUCCCUGUUGCUUUUCCUAUCACCGACAGUGGAAAGAUUAAAAGGAACGAAGUGACAGAAAUUGGACAUCGGCUGAUCUACGGGUUCAGCUGAGUACAUGGAAUCGUUCUGUACGCCGGGCUGCAGUGGGAAAGAUCCUUCAUCUUCGAAUCAAAUGCCCAUGAAACAAAGCCAAAUUCG